AGAGCGAGGUUGGAUUGCUCCACUGGGUACCUUAGUGACGGACAUCCGAGGACGAAGGGGGUUUAUUUCAGCCGACUUUGGAGUGGCGCCGGUCUCUCGGAGAGUCAUGGGCAGCCAUUCGGAGCCAUCCGGGAGGGCGCCAUCCUCAGCAACAUCCCUCUUCUCUUCCUUCUUCAGCCGGCCUAUCCCGCUCUACCUCUCGGCAGCGCUUCUCCGUCUGGUCUUACUCCUCUACGGUCUCUGGCAGGACGCAAACUCACCUGUCAAAUACACCGACAUCGACUACCUCGUCUUUACUGAUGCCGCACGCUUCGUGUCCCACGGUCAGGGUCCCUAUGAGCGGGAAACAUAUCGCUACACGCCGAUACUGGCCUGGCUGUUGCUGCCAACAGCACACAAGACAGGUCAUGCGCUGUUGGAUGCCGCCUUGUUUAGCUCGGGCAAAGUUCUGUUCGCAGCUGCCGACUUGGUGGCCGGACGACUGAUAGAGCGCAUUCUGGUCAAGUCGAUGGAUGCUGCAGCGGCGAGGGAGUUUGCGGCUAUCUGGUUGCUGAAUCCAAUGGUGGCCACCAUCAGCACGAGGGGUAGUUCAGAGGGCCUUCUGGGAGUGUUGGUUAUGGCGCUUCUGUCGGCGGUGAUGGCCAGGCGGAUCACGCUCGCGGGCUUGUUGCUGGGCUUCGCCGUCCACUUCAAGAUCUAUCCUUUUAUCUACGCGCCAGCAAUCGUGUGGUGGAUGGACAGGGAGAAUAUGGGCAACGGACGGCCCGAGGCGAAGAAACCCUCAGCAGCCGUGCCAUUGCUGAGCAAGCUAACGUCCUUCAUCACCCCGGCCAGGCUACAGCUCGCUGCCAUCAGCCUAGCCACCUUCCUCGCCCUAAACAUGGCCAUGUUCACCAUCUACGGCCCGCCCUUCCUCCAGCAUACCUACCUGCAUCACGUAACCCGCAUCGACCAUCGCCACAACUUCAGCCCCUACAACACACAGCUCUACCUCGCCUCGGCCUUCCCUGCCACCCUUUUCUCGUCCUUAUCGCGAAUCGAGUCGGUGGCCUUCUUGCCGCAACUCGCCCUCUCGUGCGUGCUCAUCCCUCUCGUCCUCGCCAAGAAGGACCUGCCCGCCGCCAUGCUCGCCCAGACGUUUGCGUUCGUGACCUUCAAUAAGGUCUGCACCAGCCAGUACUUCCUCUGGUACAUGGUCUUACUCCCACUGUAUCUUCCGCGCUCCUCCUUCCUCGGGAAUAAGAUCCUGGGGACCACUGCCCUCGCUCUCUGGGUUGCGGCUCAGGGGUUGUGGUUGCAGCAGGGGUAUCAGCUGGAGUUUUUGGGGACGAGCACCUUUCUGCCGGGUCUCUGGCUUGCAUCGCUGGGGUUCUUCUUGGUGAACUGCUGGAUUUUGGGCAUCAUCAUUGGCGAUGUGGGACGACGCCAGUUCGCUAUAUGACGGUCACGCAAUGCACUCGGCGAAUAUCUGGUGUGAUACAAGGCGAAGAAAGUGUCUGUGUGAGGCGUAGGUAGCGUCAUUUUGUAGAGGAGAAAUAAGUGUCUCUCGUGAGUUCAGUCUUGUGUCAAUGCACGGCAUCCGCUUGGCCGGUAACUAGUUCAUCGGUAUCUUGCAACUGCAUCUCAAAUUCGAGCGUAUUAAGGUAUCAUGCAAAAAAGUAUCCGUUCCCUUGGCAGCCACCAUCAUCCCAAACCCGCUCCGGCACGCCGUAGGCAUUUUAGAAUGCAUGC